GGAAGGAGAGAGGGAGGGGGAGAAGGGCUUGUUGGAGACUGGAGGCAGGUUCUGUUGCAGUUUAAAUCACUGACGGCAGUCGUGGGGCUGGACUCUACAUCCCUCUGUACCAGUGCCUGUUUGCUCUCUCUGGCUCUCUCCCUUUUCCUUCACCUCUGUCUCUCUGUCUUACUCUCUUCUAGCUCUCUCUUUCCCUCCGGAGCUUUUGGUACAGGGUUCUCUACCAGACACGAAGACAGCCAUCCAAGCUGACACCUCAACAUUUUUAAGCUCCACUUCUUGUACAAAGUUCAAACUGAACCGUCGCCAUGGAGGCCAUCAAAAAGAAGAUGCAGAUGCUGAAACUGGACAAGGAGAAUGCUAUCGACCGGGCAGAGCAAGCUGAGACAGAUAAGAAGGCGGCAGAGGACAAAUGCAAGCAGCUUGAGGAGGAGCUGAUGGACCUGCAGAAGAAGAUGAAGCAGACCGAGGAUGAGCUGGACAAAUACUCAGAGGGUCUGAAAGACGCCCAGGAGAAACUGGAGCUGUCUGAGAAGAAAGCCACAGAUGCGGAGGGCGAUGUGGCUGCUCUGAACCGCAGGAUCCAGCUGGUGGAGGAGGAAUUGGACCGGGCCCAGGAGAGACUGGCUACUGCGCUACAGAAACUAGAGGAGGCUGAGAAGGCCGCAGAUGAGAGCGAGAGAGGGAUGAAGGUGAUUGAGAACCGGGCGAUGAAGGAUGAGGAGAAGAUGGAGAUCCAGGAGUUACAGCUGAAGGAGGCCAAAGACAUUGCUGAGGAGGCCGACCGCAAAUACGAGGAGGUGGCCCGUAAGCUGGUGAUCCUGGAGGGGGAGCUGGAGCGAGCUGAGGAGAGGGCCGAGGUCUCAGAACUAAAAGCCAGUGACUUGGAGGAGGAGCUGAAAAAUGUGACCAACAACCUCAAGUCCUUAGAGGCCCAGUCUGAGAAGUACUCAGAAAAAGAGGACAAGUAUGAGGAGGAGAUCAAGGUUCUCAGUGACAAGCUGAAGGAGGCUGAGACCCGUGCAGAGUUUGCAGAGAGGACAGUGGCCAAACUGGAAAAAUCCAUUGAUGAUCUGGAAGAGAAACUAUCAAGUGCCAAGGAGGAGAAUCUUGGCAUGCAUCAAGUCCUUGACCAGACCCUUCAGGAGCUGAACAGCUUAUAAAAAGGCACAGAGAGGAGGAUGGAUGGAGAGGAUGAGAUAGUUAUGCAACAUUCCACCAAUGUUCAACUCCAUUCCACAUUUCAGGCUGUUAAAAUCUUAUUCCCCACAGAAAAGGGGACUAACUUAAUACUUGUACCUUUUGAUGUUUGUUUUUUUCCCCCCUUCUUCUAAGCCACAACUUUAUACUUGUAAUGUCUCUAUCCAACAUGAGAAAGUCAUUCCAAAACCAGCACAUACUUUGUCUCUCCUCCUUUGUUUGCAGAAUCUCUUCCUCUGGGAAUAAUUUUUUUGACUACUCUUAAAAAAAGAAAAGAAAAAAGAAUGGACAAUGGGUGUAGUUACAAAAUGCCCGUAUUAAACAUCUGGUCACUCAUGAACUAAAAACCUGGCCCAAAUGAAUACUUUCAAUGCUUUCAUAUUCAGUCUUGAUCUCACAAAUUCUCUGCUUAGAUUCCAUGGAGGUUUUGCCCAGACUCCAUCAAAGCAUGACUCACAAGUGCCAUUUAAUGGUGUUACAGAGACGGUCGCCUUUUUCUUUUUUUUUCUUUUCAAAUCUUAAUCAUCAUGUGUCAAUUACUUGCAAAUCAAAUUUUGUUUUCCAUCACAAACUCCUCUGUGCCCGUCUCCUAAAUAUGUUUGCUUGUGUCCAGACACGAUGGUCAGGUGACUUCUCAUGGAAAAGAUGGAUAUUAUUAUUUCUGGUUCAUGCUGUGCAAUAACUUUUGUGCCAUCGAAUGUUAAGGCCUGUUGCUCCAUCUCAAAAUGUGAGGCCUUUAUAUAGAUUUUUCAGUGCAUAAACAAGGAAGCAACAACUUUCACUACCUAGACGGUGCUUAAUCAUUUAUGCCGAGAUGCACAGUAAACUCAACUGGAGACGGUAAAUCAUCGCUGAUUCAGAUAUGGUGUUACCCUGUACAGGACCUGAGUGUUUUUUCUAUUAUGAGACUUGUGCACUUGUGUCUCACAUUGACAUGUCAUGUACCGUCAGUCAACCCCCUUUCCAUGAGAUGGACCUGCCUGGCACAUUCUACAUAAUUAUCAAUGAACUUAGUCAUAACUCCUUGCAAUACAGUAUACGGUGUUAAUUGAGUGAAGCCAACCCUAAAACCACUGAAUUCUCAGUAAAGUUUUAUAAACCCUGGAUUUUGUAUAUAGUAGAAUGUUAGGUAUGAUUAAUGACAAGUUGUAGCACUCCAAUUUUUUUGUAAAAUGCCACUUUUUUGAUAGGGGAACUCUCCAAACCAAAGAACACACAUACCAGAGACAAUAAACCUUUGACAUGUUUUAUUGUUUGUUAUCAUGGUUCUGUGUCACUCUACCGCCGUACAAAAAAGCCUCACAUUUGACUGAUCUGUUUUCACCCCCCCUCCCAAUUUCAACCUAAUAAAAGUUUUUUUUACAGAAGACAUGAUUCGACAUUUUUUUUUUGCAUUUUGAAAACAAUAGACAUUUUGCACACAUACCUGAGGGGCAGUCAAAAACACUUGUUUGCAUUAUGCAGGCGUUCUAUAUGAAGUACCACAAAAGAUCAGUUAAUGCAUGAAAAUAUUUUACAAUUCAUAUUCAAUGUCUUUAUGCAUGCUCAAUAAUCCAGGUAAGGUAACAAAGUUGAAUCAGUUCAUUUGGACACAUGUAUUGAGAGAGAAAUGUUUCAUCACUCAUCUAAGUGACCUCUUCAAGACUCUACUGACUGCAGGUAUUCCCACCCUUAGAAACAAUAGUUAUAUUCCGUGUCAUUAGACAUGAGCUAUUCUGAACUAACGGGUACUUGUAGGUAUAAGAUUCUCAAGUUUCUUGGAUCAAUGUUAAUGUGAAACUAAGAUGGGAAAUUUCAAUAAAAGUUCUCAAAAUUAAUGCUGCCAACUUCUCAGGCAAGGAUGGUUUGAAACCAAACACGAAAUUCUUCUGUGAUCCAACCCAAGUCAGGAAUUA